AUGGAACUGCCCCUUUCCAGCACCAGCGGCGUCGACGGCGUAGCCGGUGAUAGGGAAAAGUACGAGAAGAUAACUUGCUACAGCUAUGAUAGCAAGAGGGAGUAUCCGAAUUAUGUCAAGUGUCCCGACUCGGAUUCCUGCUGCGAGACAAUUGAGCAGUGCCGUCCGGAUCGCCUCUGCACUUCAAAGGAGGACCCCAAGACGCUUAUUAGGGCCCCCUGCGCAUACAAGCCGUGGACAAACAGCUGCGCCCAGGUAUGCCUGUAUGGUAGGUCUCCAUUGGCUCCCAUUCUCCCUGAGCCUUUUCUACAUUAUCCCUCAUGUUUGAUGAAAAAGUUUAGACCCUAUAUAUUAAUAAGUGUCAACGUAGAUAAUAAAGACUUGCCUGUCCUGCCUCGAGCAGUGGUGUGUGAACAAACUGGCCCUUCCAGUGGCAGCUAUUGCUGCGACGACAACAGAACCUGCUGCAUCGACAGAGCGGGCUUCUUCUUGGACGAGAACGGUCUGCUGAUCGGCCGUGCGAACGAGACGGACAACUCGACCUUAAGCCCCAAACCUAUCGGAGUGUCUGUCACAGCCCUAAGAAGCAUGGGAUCCGCCAGCGCGACCUCGACGCCCGCACCCUCGCCCAUCAAGGACAAGACGGGCUUGUCGACUGUCGACAAGGCAGGUAUAGGCGUAGGCGUUGGCGUUGCGGUGCUCCUCGCCAUCAUUGCAGGGACAUUGCUGUUCCUCCGCAGUCAGAGACGAAAGAGACGGACCCGAGCGGACUCUGCCUCCACUGGUGGUAAUAAUAGUACCGGUCCCGGUACCGCCAAUACUGAUGCUCCGACGGAUACGUGGGGAGACGACAAGGAGCCACUACCCGGCGACGAGCAGCGACGAGAGAAGGAAGAGGAACGAGCAUACGAGCUGAUGGGCGACGGAGGGACGCCAGAGCUCGAAUCGGUUGAGAGUCCCCGACAUGAAGCUCCUCCGUCGGAGCUACCGGUUGUAAGAGUGCAGCAGACUGAACCCAUCGAGUUACCAGCCGACCAGCCUACCGGAAAGCCCCGUCGGUCUUGA